AUGUCCACAUCACGACAGAGCCCUGUCAUCGUCAUCACUGGCACGCCCGGCACGGGAAAGACUACCCAUGCCGAACUUCUUGCGCAGGAGUCCCCCAUUCCCCUGAAACACAUCAACGUGGGCGACUUGGUGAAAGAAAAGGGCUUCCACGAGUCGUAUGACGAGGACUGGCAGAGCUAUACCGUCGACGAGGACAAGCUCCUCGAUGAGCUCGAGCCGCUCGCUGCCGCCGGUGGCAUCAUUCUCGACUGGCACACCUGCGAUAUCUUCCCAGAGCGAUGGGCGGAUCUCGUAGUCGUCCUGCGCUGCAAUCACACAGCCCUGUGGGACCGUCUGGAAAAGAGAGGCUAUCCUCUCAAAAAGAUCCAGGAAAACAACGAGGCGGAGAUCAUGGAGGUCGUCAUCGAGGAGGCGCGGUCAUCAUACGCCCCGGAGAUCGUCGUGGAACUCCAGAGCGAAGGCACAGAAGACCUCGAGUCGAACGUCGCACGGAUAGUGCAAUGGAUCGAAGCGUGGAAGAAGGAUCAUGGGAACGCAGACGCGUAA